UACAAUAAGUUUUAAUAUUAAAGAGGCGGAUCAGUAAUUAUUCUGCUCGUAAAAAUAAUAUUUAAUAAUGAUUUUGAAACAGAGGAUUUUCAGGUUAGCUGUUAUAAUAGGACUAACUACUAAGAUAAAAGCUUCUUACGAAAACGAAUGUGAGGCUUGUGACCCCAAGGCUUGUCCAGUACCUGUGGGCUGCUUAGCAGGAACGGUGGAAGACCGCUGCGGCUGCUGCUCUGUGUGUGGUGUGACGGAAGGUGCUCGCUGCGACAAUGAAACUCUUCCUCUUCAAUACAAAACCAAGUAUGGAUAUUGUGGAGAAAAGCUGGAAUGUCGGAUAAGGACAGAUCUGCCACUUGAAGAAUCCCCAGAAGCCUUAUGUUUUUGUAUUCAUCAGAAGUCCAUUUGCGGGAGUGACGGCAAAACUUACCAAAACGAGUGUAAGCUAAUUGAAGCUAGGAACAAAUGGCAAGAUGGGCUCCAUAUCAAAAACAGUGGACCAUGUACAACUGAUGAGAAGAAACUACCACUUACAAUAAUUAAAAGCAGAGGUCGCCUAGGAAACCAAAUGGGAAUAUUUGCAACAUUAUAUGGCUUAUCACGGCUGAACAACAGAAAGCCCGUACUCCAACAACAUACUGCUCAGCAACUGCGUCAGUUUUUUAAAAUCACCAUAGAAACGACUACUGAGCUAUCAGAAACGAACAAAAGUCUUCCUUACUACAACAUAGAUAGGUACAUACGUUCAAGUGAUGUAGCAAUACCCAAGGAUGUCGUAAUUUUGAGAGGAAACCAAUAUGCAGUUUCACCAACAUUUUAUGAUUUUGUCAGAUUCGAAAUAAGACAGCAAUUCAGGUUCGUCGAUCCAAUAGACCAGUAUGCAGAGAACGUGUUACAUCGUAUACAACAAACAAGGUCUGUGGAUACUUUUGUUGGAAUCCACGUGAGAAGAACAGAUAUGACAAGAUACUUAGCAAAACAAAAGGGUGCCAUCCCAGGAAAUGAAUUCUUCAAGAAGGCCAUGAAUUAUUUUCUAUCCAAAUACCGAAACGUGACGUUCGUGGUAGUAAGUGAUGACCGGAAAUGGUGCCAAGCAAACUUGAAUCAGAUAAACGUAGUUAUCGCUCCAAAACCCUCAUCUCCAGCCCACGAUAUGGCAGUGUUGUCCAAAUGUAACCACAGCAUUGUUACCAAAGGUACGUUUAGUCUUUGGGCUGGCUACUUAGCCGGUGGAGAGACAAUAUAUUUUCAACCUUUUCCACCUGAUCACCCCUAUGUCAAAUUAAACCCUUAUGAAAAGAAUUAUGUACCGGAAUGGAUUGGUAUGUCUUAACCUGUGUUUGGAUAGAUUGGUAUGUGUUAGGUCUUUAUUACACACUGAUUGGACGAUUAUUACAUACAUAUACAGAUUUUGGGGAUAUUUAUGUCACCACACAGAGUGAAUUGGUAUGUCUUAUCC